AUGCCGUCGCAGAAGAGAAGCGCCGCGGCUCCGCCGCCGCCGCCGCCCCGGCCCGAUCCGGUGACGCUCGACCACAUCUACGACCGCCUGACGCGGCAGGACGUGGCGAUGGAGGAGCGGGCGUACUACCUGGUCGCCCUCAGCACCGUCGCCUUCCACCCGAGUGUGAAGCUGUUUUUCUUUGAGCGCACGCCCGUGCACCCGGCCGCCGCCGGCGGCGAGGCGGAGGCCGCUUUAGUGGCGGAGGCAAACACCCGGCGUCGCGAGGCGGUGCUGCGGGGCAUCGCCUUUUUCCUCGCCCAGCGCAACAGUGCGGUGGUGCGGGAGUGUCGCUGGGAGACGGUCGCGCUGCUGGGGGAGUUGUGCCGCCUCGAGAGCCUCACGCCGCUGCGCCCCGGCGGCCACGCCAAGGCGGCCCUCGGCGCCACCUCUGCGCUUUCCCCGCAGCAGGAGGUGGUGGAGAAGGUCAACCGCUACGCGCGCGCCAACCUCGAGUUCCUCGCACGGCUGCCGUGGUUCGUCCCGGCCGUGCAGGAGCUCAUUGGGGCUGAGCCAGCCGAGGGAGGCGCCGCUGCACCGCCCUCCUCCUCCUCCGCUGCGGCGGCGGCGGCGGCCCCGGUGGCCGUUCGACGUGCCGCGCGGCAGCGGGGUGCGGGCGACAGCAACGCCACCACCACCACAAUUACCGGCGACGACGGCGACGACGCAGCGGGUGUCCGCGAGACGGACGAGGACGUGCGCAUUGCGCUGAAGGACCUCCUGGCGGCCCUCCCGGAAGUUCGGCGCGAGGACGGGGCGGCGGGGGCGUCCGUUGUGUGGUCCGCCGCCAGCGUGGAUCAGGCACACGACUUGAUGUUUCUUGACGCCUCCACGACGAUGCUGCACCUCAUCCCGCUUGUCACCCGCAGCAGUCAUCGGCAGUGUGCCCACUGCGAAAAACGCGCCGCUGCCGCCAGCGACGGCGGCGGCGACGGCGGUGCCCUGCUGCGCUGUGGCAGUUGCAAGGCGGUCUACUACUGCGAUGCGGCGUGCCAGCGGGCCCACUGGGCCGCCGCCCACCGUGUGCCGUGCCGGAGCUACAAGCAGCAGGCGGAGGACAUUAUGGCGCAGUACGCGGCGAUGAACAAGUGGCCGCACGGCGGUAGCAGGCGGAAGGCGCAGCAGCAGCAGGAGGCCGCGGUGGCGGUGCUGGAGGUGCCGCUGGAACCCUCCCUCUUUUACGAGACACGCCGGUACUUGUACGACCACCGCGACUCCUCCUUUGCGGAGGUGUCAUUUAUGGACUACUUCAUGAAGUACACGGUUCGCGGAAAUUAA